AUGGUAAUUGAAGCAGAAAGAUAUAAGAGAGAAGACGAAGAAGCCAAACAAAAAGCUGAAGCGAAAAACGGGCUAGAAAGCUAUACCUACAAUAUGAGGAACACUUUGAAUGAUGAAAAUUUGAAGGAUAAAAUUCAAGCAGGAGACAGACAAAUUAUUGAGUCGAAAAUUGAUGAAGUUCAAAGAUGGCUGGAGGCACAUCAAAAUGUAGAAACCAAAGAGUAUGAAGCGAAGCAGAAGGAACUGGAAAAUGUUUGCAAUCCAAUUAUGAUGAAGAUCUACCAGAAAGGAGGAGUACCAAAUAUGAAUGGAAUGAAUGGCACUCCAGGAGGACAGAAGAAUGAAGGAAGCCAAGGAAGAGGGCCAACUGUUGAAGAAGUUGAUUAA